UGGGCGGCGCGGGGCCGCGUGUAUCCGGGCCGCGAACCGCCAGCGCCCGCCAGCCCGCUGCGCAAGACCCCGCGCCGGGGCGCGGGCGGGGCCGGCGUCCCGCGUGGGCCCCGCGGAGGCGCGCGCAGACCCGCCGGCCGUCGGGGGCGCGGCCGCUGCCCGAGUCCGCACUUGUCCCGCCGCAGAGGCCCGGCGCCGUCGGAGGCAGCGAGGGCCAGGAAAAGCCGCGGAGCGGAGGCCCGCGCCCCGCAGGGAGCCUCGCUCGGCCUGGGGCCGCCGACCCCGCGCCCCCUUCCGCGGCGGCAUGGCCCCGAAGCUGCUGCUGCUCCUCUGCCUGCUCUCCGGCUUGCACGCGCGGACCAGGAAGGUGGAAGAAGAUGAAUAUGAAGAUUCAUCAUCAAACCAGAAGUGGGUCUUGGCUCCGAAAUCUCAAGACACAGAUGUGACUCUUAUUCUCAACAAGUUGCUAAGAGAAUAUGAUAAGAAGCUGAGGCCAGAUAUUGGAAUAAAACCCACUGUCAUUGAUGUUGACAUCUACGUUAACAGCAUUGGUCCUGUGUCGUCAAUAAACAUGGAAUAUCAAAUUGAUAUAUUUUUUGCUCAGACCUGGACUGACAGUCGCCUUAGGUUCAACAGCACAAUGAAAAUACUUACUCUGAACAGCAACAUGGUGGGGUUAAUAUGGAUUCCAGAUACGAUCUUCCGAAACUCCAAAACCGCAGAGGCUCACUGGAUCACCACCCCCAAUCAACUCCUCAGAAUUUGGAAUGAUGGGAAAAUCCUUUAUACUUUAAGGCUCACCAUCAACGCGGAAUGCCGGCUUCAGCUGCACAACUUCCCCAUGGACGCGCACUCCUGCCCGCUGAUCUUCUCCAGCUAUGGCUACCCCAAAGAAGAAAUGAUUUAUAGAUGGAGAAAAAAUUCAGUUGAGGCAGCAGAUCAGAAAUCCUGGCGGCUUUAUCAGUUUGACUUCAUGGGCCUCAGAAACACCACGGAAAUUGUGCAAACAUCAGCAGGUGAUUAUGUUGUCAUGACUAUAUAUUUUGAAUUGAGUAGAAGAAUGGGAUACUUCACUAUUCAAACAUAUAUUCCUUGUGUACUGACUGUGGUUUUAUCCUGGGUAUCAUUCUGGAUCAAAAAAGAUGCUACACCAGCAAGAACAGCAUUAGGCAUCACCACAGUACUGACCAUGACCACACUCAGCACCAUAGCCAGGAAGUCCUUGCCCCGUGUUUCCUAUGUGACUGCCAUGGACCUUUUCGUGACUGUGUGCUUCUUAUUUGUCUUUGCUGCUCUGAUGGAGUAUGCUACCCUCAACUACUAUUCAAGUUGUAGAAAACCAACUACCACUAAGAAAAAAACAUCGUUACUACAUGCAGAUUCCUCAAGAUGGAUUCACGAAAGGAUAAGCCUACAAGCCCCCUCUAACUAUUCUCUCCUUGACAUGAGGCCACCACCACCUGUAACAGUUACUCUAAACAAUUCCGUGUACUGGCAGGAAUUAGAAGAUACCUGUGUCUACGAGUGUUUGGAUGGCAAAGACUGUCAGAGUUUCUUCUGCUGCUAUGAAGAAUGCAAAUCAGGAUCUUGGAGAAAAGGACAUAUUCACAUAGACAUCUUGGAACUGGACUCAUAUUCACGGGUCUUUUUCCCUACAUCAUUCCUGCUCUUCAACUUGGUUUAUUGGGUGGGAUACCUCUAUCUCUAACUCUUCUUCCAGGUGAUAAGUGAAGAGUGUUAGAUUCCCCUCUAAACUUUCACCGUCCCCAGACCAGUAGUGACUAACUGGAGUAGCAAGGAAAGACACUGCUCAGUUUAUUUGAAAUACAUCACUUUUGAGCAGUGUAGGAGUAUGUGGCAAAUAUUUCUAUUAUGUAUUUCAAACCCACAGAUACAUGCGUGUGCACACACAAGUUAACUGAGUGUUAAAAGUGAUCUUCUUGCUAAUCCUUUACUGAAUCUGUAGCUUGGUGAUAUUUAUAAAUGUUUUUUGGAUAUUGGAAGCAGUUCCCAAUUUUCUUUUGUGAAGAAAUCUGUGAAACGUACAAGCAAAUAUCUGAGACGCUCUCUCAGACUCCACCCUUUUCUGUAUUUGUACUUGGGCCCUCGGCCCCACUGACGCCCAGUCGCGCAGAGUUGCUGCUGACCGAGACACUCAUGCUGACCUCAGCCACUGGCAGUCUGAGUUCAAGUGUGAACUGCAGUGAGUUACCACCCAGUUUCCUCUCUCUGUGGCCCCUUUGCUCCGUCACCAUCUUCACUGGUUGGUGUACUUUUAUCUAAUAACCUCACCCUAAGUUUGGAAAGGUUAUAUCUGUUUCAUCCACAAGUUUUCAGUUAAGGAAACAGUCUGAUUUUCAAAAUUCUCAUGUUGCUGAAGUCAAAGAUGUUUACUAUCUCUGAACAUCAUAAGUUCAACAUUUUAUCCUAAGAAUUGUGUUUUACUAAACCAAGAAGCCACCCCAGGGUAUACUCUAUUAUGGGUUCAAUGAUUAUCUUUACCUUGCAAAGAAAGGUAUAUAGCAUUCACAAGCUUUGGUUUUGAAAUUGUUUUCCAGAAUGUAAAAGAAAUGUAGAUAGAAUUUGUACAAAUUUUUCUUAGUGAAUAUUAACUUUCAAGUCAAAUCAAUUUUAGAUGCAAAACAAUGGGUCAUGGCUAUCAUCAAUGAUAUAUUUUGAUGAAAAAAAUUAUUUUAUAUUUUGGAAUAAGGGUAGGUAGCAAGAUUCUAAAGGAAAAGAAACCUUGAAAUUAUUACUCUUUUGAUAUUUUUAUAACACAAAGCAAACUUGCUUAUUGAUGUUAGUUCUUUGUUAUAACUGGAUGCUAGUACAUACUUCACAAGACUCUUCAGAAGCUUUCCACCACAGAUAGGGGAAAAAAAAAAAAAAGUCCUACCAUUAGUUUAACAGAUGCUUUGCCAUUAUCAAAAUUUUGGUACUAACUCUGCUUCUCAUCUUUAUCACAUAGAAAAUCGAAUUUGUUUUAUUGGAAACCAUAUGUUUAUUUUAAUUAUGUAUUGUGCAUACUAUUAUUAUUCAGAAAAAAAGGUAAAACAUUAUGCAGGAAAAGUAUAUAAAAGUGCUAAUUCAUACAAUUUAAUGAAUGCAGACUAGACACAGAAAACAUGGGAGUGGAAGAGACCAGAUGAGUUGAAAUUAGAUGAGUCUAUUUUUAUGAACAUCAAGUGAAUGCAAAUAUACUGAUCUUUAUCACCCAGUUUUCAAGGAAAAGUCUAUAUAACGUGAGACAUUGAGUUAUUUCCUGUCAACUCCCUCCAUACCUUUUGAUUUGAUACUUACUACAUAGGCCACAAGCCAACUGAUUCUUAUUUUGAAAGUCCAAUUUAAAACACAAAAAACAGUAAGUAUUGGUGGAGAAACAGGUUGAAUCUAUUAGCCCAACAGAAAUUUCUGUGCUAUUGGAGACUUGUACCUACUAGCAGUCUCGUCCUCUCCCUCAGGCAUCAACCUCCCACUCACUCAACAACAGGGAGGGGUUCUGGAGGUGCCCUGACCACACCCCACCAGACGAACUAAACACCCAGAGAUAGCAUCCCAAGGUUCUUCUUCAAACACAAUUCUCAACUUUAUAGCAAUAUGAAAAUUUCCAUUCAUUAUUUCUUUUUUUAAAAUGAUCUGGAAGGAGCUGAAUCUUUCAGUGAAAUUCUUGGGAGGAAAAUAGCCUAAAAGCAUUUUUAUCACAUAUAUUAAGUCCAACUUUACCUCUAAAAUUUUUUACUGAGGCCUCUUGUUUCAAGGCCAUUCAAUAAUUGAGCUCAUUGGCAACUCUUAUGAAAUUAUAAGUACAGGAUCAUCUGUGUUUUCUGAAUCCAACCAAUCUCUCUCUCCUUGUAUCAGUCAUUCUGCUGAUUUAAACACACUAGUUUAUGGUUCCUUUUCCAUGAAACAGAACAUUCAUCUCAAGAGAGUGUAACAGAUCACAGAGCCUAAACUGGAUUUCUGCACAUCUAUCCACUACGGGAUCUUACUAAAAAGAACGAAAGCAUUCCCUGAGAACACACCAAUGCCUGCUUCUCUGCAACUUGCCCAUUUAAGUUCUUGUUGAUCCCAGCUCCCCAGAUAAACCAUACCAGUCUACAAUAAAGGAAAUUGACAUGUACCUCACACAGGUGCAGGGCUCGGGGGCAUGCUUUUAAGUAGGUAUGAGUUUACAUUAUGGAAGAAGAAAGAGGAUGGGCACUGGGAUAGUAUGAGGGGAAUGUAUUACUCUUUAACUGAAGGACUCUCUUUCACCAGUAUGCUUGGUAAGUAGUGUAUGUAUGGUGAGCAUUGUGCAAGACUAUUCACAGAUACUGCAUCCUUACAGCUCCACCCAGAUUGCUUUGCAUGUAGAAUGGGGAAUGAUACUUGGUGGCUGGAUGGUAGCUGUAGGGAAGUUGAGUGACCUGCAUUCCAAAAGUGCUACUGUGUUCCUCACUUUUAGAAACACGAAAUUAAGGGGAUGACUGUUCCGCAUUUUGACAAAAAUAUCUAAUUUCUGACCACCACAGCUCAAACUUAGAACCGUGACAGGCUCUAUUAAGCUGCAUCUAGGCUGGACAGAGAAAAAAGAAAUUUCACACCAAUGGAAUUAGAGCAAAAUGCAUCUUCUGAUCCUAGAAAUUUUCAGUUUCUGCAAAGUCUUAAUGCCACAGGCCACAACAGAGACUGUCAUAUACAUGACUGAGAAGGACAAUAUAGCUAUAACUUACUCUAGACCCAGUCAAUACUGUCCCUAAUUUACCCAGCAUAUGCCUUAAAGUAACAAAUAAAUCUUAAAUUGCAUAUAUUGUGUAGAUUUUUCAUUUCCUGUGAUCAUAUAUAUCUCAGGCCAGAUUUUACUUAUCAUUUAUGAAUGGUGAAGAUUUCUUCAUGUGCCCAACAGUUUUAUCCUUAACCGUAUUAUCAAAUCAGUUAAAAACUCAUUUUUUGUGGACUCUUUAAUUGAAGAAAUGCCUUUCCUUUAUGACAAAGCAUUUUCAGGCUACAUAUGAGAAACUGGGGCCAAUCUAAAAGUCGGUGACAUUAGUGCUUGUGAUAGGAUGUGAGCGUUCACUUAGAACCUUCACACCAAGUCUUUUUACCUAGUCACAGCUUGCUGUAGUAAAAAGGUGUAGACAGAUUUUUUGUUCCUCUGCAAAUUAUCACACUCUGGAAGCGAGAGUGGUAAUUGAUAACCCUAUUUUGCAUUGGUGGAUACUUGCCACAACAGGGCAUCCUUUAUUAAAAGGGCUACGACUCAAAACAAAUACAAACCUCAUUUUUAUCACUUUUAUCUUGGCUGCCAAUAACUGAAAACUUUCUGUGAUUUCCUUUGAAGACUUGAAGGACUCUAACUAGUCUCCAUGCCAUUAUACUUGCUAUACCAAAUGAGUGCUCUCAAAAUACAAACAUUUUUAAUUCUCUCCAUGAUCUUGCUACUGUCUGAAGUGUUCUGAGAUUUAUAUACAUAUGAAAUUUCAUCCUCAAUUUCUAUAAAAAGACAAAAUGUGAAUGACUUGAGAUAAGGAUAAUCUGAUGUAAAUGCACAUUGAAAUAUUUACAAUUAGACUUCAGAACACCAUCACAUUUAAAAAUAUUCAGAAAGAUGUCUGUAAAUAAGAAAGAAAGAAUCAGAUGGUAAACACACUGUAAUGUGAAACUCAGAAUUUAAGUCCCCUUCAAAUUUCCAAAAACUGAGGUAGCAUGUAAUCUGUACAUUUUUCCCUUCAAAUUUGCCUGUGGAAAAUCUUCAGAUUCACACAACUUAACAGUACUGCCACAUUGUAUAAUCAUAUCCAGAGAACCAAAAAUAAAAGUUCAGGCUAAAUGACCCCUUCUCAAAUUCUUUGUUAACUUACCUUUUACUGUAAAAAUAGAUUUCUAUCAUUAUGUGGAUAAAACACUAUAAAAGACAGAGAUAAGGGUUGAGAUAAUAGAUAAAUAACUUAGCCAGUCAUAUCUACGGAAAAUAAAACUUUGGCUUUUAAAAUAAAAAACCUGCUAAUCUUUGAAGAGCAGCCAUUAGACAUUCCCAGUCCUUCUUUUACAAUUUCUUCUGAUUAAAACUUAGCAAUUCCAGGAUAUAAACCUAGUCUAGUUCUAUUUAGACCAAAAGAGAAUGUUUCCUACUUCCUUUUCAAAAUGUCUAGUUAAAUGAUGCUUUGGUUUUUAAUGUUGUCAAUUAAACAUCUUAAAUCUCAUUACUCUGCUCACAUAAAAACCAAAGUUUAGACCAGUUUAUAUCAGUCCUAAGAAAGUAGUACAUUUACUAACAAGUCUUCAGUGUUUCGAGUGAACUAAGCCAGUUUUUAAAAUUGUAUUAUACAGGAACAUGAGCUAAAAAACAAUUAGGUAGAUAAAACACAGGAGCAUCCUCACAAUGCACACGUACACUCACACACAUAAAGCAACAUAUUUGAAUGUACCAUUCAGGUAAUGAGAGGGAAAUGUAAAGUUGUUUUGCUUGAAUUAUUCAGAUCAUCACCUACCUCUACCACCUUGGGGUUUUUUUUGUUGUUUUUUUUUCUUUGCAUUUAUAAGCGCAACACAACAUUUUCUCAGCCCAGUGGACUGUUCUACAAUGUGAGGAUGAGAGUGGUUUCUGCAGGAAAGAAUGGUCUUCUCUGACUGCUGAACAGUUUAAACUGGGCAGAUUGGAAAGCACAGUGAAUAUGGAUUGCCAAUAACGAAGCCCCCCGACUGAGAAGGUGGCUAUUAUAUUUUCUUCUUUUCUAGCUCUUUGAGAUUCUAUUUUUCCCAAUAACCACUUUUCCACAAAAAGUAUUAAAGCUCCUGUUUUCCAUUAAAAAGCAGAAGAACUCAAUGCCAGACUGAUUUUCAGGAGCAAAUGAUGAGCGCUUUGAUUUUGUUCUUGUUUAUUACAGCAGAUUUUGUUUCCAUUGGCUAUUUGUUUGCAAAUGAAGGAUUUGGGGUGUCAGCUUUGUCAACUGACAGGUGAAAGCCACUCAACACACAGAGUGGCAUUUCAGUCACUUUGCUGAGAUUAGAACACCUCAUCACCCUAACUAGCUGCGGCAGUUCCAGUCAAUGCAUCCACCAAUCAGCUCACCUGCCCCAUUCACUGCGUUCACGCACUGGUUAGGGCAGGGUGACCCUGGAAGCUACAGAGAGUUUAAA